UGCCAUGGUGGCCUACGGCUCCCCCCUUGCCCCUGGCAGCUCCCUGUCAUCGGCAGCCUCCACCACCUGGUCGGCGAGCUCCCGCACCGCUCGCUGCGCCGCCUGUCACGCCGCUACGGCCCUCUCAUGCUCCUCAGGUUCGGCGAGGUCCCGGUCGUCGUCGUCUCCUCCGGCGAGGCGGCCAGGGAGGUCAUGAGGACGCACGACGCGGUGUUCGCCACGAGGCCCCAGACCGCGACGAUCCGGACCCUCACCAACCAGGCCCAGGCCAUCGCGCUCUCCCCGUACGGCGACCACUGGCGCCGCCUCCGCAAGAUCUGCGCCGUGGAGCUCCUCAGCGCCGCCCGCGUCCGGUCGUUCCGGCCUGUCCGCGAGGAGGAGGUGGCGCGGCUCGUCGGAGCAAUCUCGUCGGCGGCAUCGUCAGGUAACAGCAAGCUCAUGAACCUCAGCGAGAUGAUCACAGCAUGCGUCGCCGACACGGCGGUGCAUGCCAUCAUGGGGAGACGACUCGACGACCGUGACGCCUUCUUGCGCUACAUCGACGAAGCCAUUCGGUUGGCCAGUGGCGUCAGCCUGACUGAUUUGUUCCCUUCGUCAUGGAUCGCUGGAGCUCUAUGCUGGAGGGAGGCGCAUAAGGUGGAGGUGUACCGACAGGGAUUGUUCAAGUUUCUGGAUGCUGUCAUAGCUGAGCACAUGGAGAGGAAGUCACAAGAGGGCAAACAUCAGGAAGAUUUGAUAGAUGUCCUCCUGAGGAUUCAAGGCCAAGGCUCAUCGUCUCAGUUCCUUACUAUGGGCACACUAAAAGCUCUUAUUUUUGAUCUUUUCUCAGCUGGGACUGAAACUGCUGCAACAACAUUGCAAUGGGCCAUGGCAGAGUUGAUGAGGAACCCCGAUGUGAUGUCCAGGGCACAAGCUGAGGUAAGGGCAGCCUUCAUGCCUCGCAUGAAGGUCGUCGAGGAGGGAUUGAGCGAGUUAAACUACCUGCAUUGGAUCAUCAAAGAGACCUUACGCCUGCACACUCCCGGUCCGCUGCUGAUCCCAAGGGAGUGUCGAGAAACAUGCAAGGUCCUAGGCUACGAUGUGCCAAAGGGUGCUAUGGUGCUCGUGAACGCGUGGGCAAUCUCAAGGGACUCACAAUGCUGGGAGGAACCAGAAGAGUUCAAGCCGGAUAGGUUUGAGAGUGACACAAGGGACUUUAGAGGGAAUGACUUUGAGUUCACGCCGUUUGGAGCCGGACGGCGUAUUUGCCCUGGGAUGUCAUUUGGGCUCGCUAAUGUCGAGCUUGCUCUUGCAAACCUUCUGUUCUACUUUGACUGGAGCCUACCUGACGACAUUCGCCCCAAUGAACUAGAUAUGACUGAAGCUAUGGGAAUUACUGCAAGGAGAGAAAAGGACCUUUGGUUAAGAGCUAAAAAAGUGUGCUCGAAUCUGCCCCAUUAG